ACGAUUCACUGUUUUAUUAUAAAUUUUAUUAAUCGACAUCGUUGUGUUCGAGUUUCGCAAUGUUGCGGUUCCCGUGAUUUUAUUCGUCGAGUGCGCAAGCGCGUGUACAAUCUACGAUAUUAUACGCGCAAUGAACACCGAAAUAAGUAAUAAUAAUAAUCUAUAAUAUUAUAAUGGACCUCAUUAGUCGUAAUAAAACACCUAACCAAUACGUCCACUACGCGGACGGUCGUUUUGUAUCGCAGUUACAAUAUAAGCAGCAGCAGCAGCAGCAAGACACGUAGCCGGAACGAUGUCUUCCACGACAGCGGGUCAGUCCACGUCCGCUUCCGCGGGCGUGUCCACCAACAGCGUGCUGGAGAAGCUCGGCCUGUUGCUCGUCGCCCUGGUCGUGCUCCGCCUCACCCGGGCCGCCAUGAAGUUCGCGUACAGGCACGUUCUCGGCCCGUCGGCCCUGUGCCGGGGCACCGUCGACUUCGUCAAAUGUGGCAAGUGGGCCGUUGUGACAGGCGCCACGGACGGGCUAGGCAAGGCGUACGCCCGGCAACUGGCGGGCCGCGGCAUGGACGUCGUGCUCGUCAGCCGGACUCAGGCCAAACUGGACGCGACCGCCGACGAGAUCCGCGCCCAGUACCCGAGUCGCCGCGUCAAGUGCGUCCGGGCCGACUUCACCGACCCGGACACUUCCGCGGUCUACAGUCACGUCGGCCGCGAGCUUCACGGGCUCGAGGUGGGCGUGCUGGUCAACAACGUCGGGCUGUCGUACCCGCACCCCGAGUACUUCCUGAAAGCCGCCGAAGACCGGUGCGGAGACGCAGACGGUGGCAAGGCCGCAGCGUCCGCCGGAUGGGGACCUCAGCUGUUCGACGACAUGGUCCGGUGCAACAUCACUUCCAUGGUCAACAUGUGCCGGCUCGUGAUGCCCGGCAUGGCCGACCGGAAGCGCGGGUGCGUCAUAAACAUCGGAAGCACCGCUUCCCGGAUCCCGUGCCCUCUGUUGACGAUGUACGGGGCCACCAAGAAAUUCGUCGAAAAAUUUAGUCGCGAACUCAACACCGAAUACGGCGGUAAAGGCAAACACGGCACAAACAUCACAGUGCAAUGCGUGAUGCCCGGUUACGUAGCGACUAAGAUGAGCAAGAUCGCGCGUACAUCGUGGCUGGUUCCGUCGCCGGACACUUUCGUCAAGUCAGCGCUCCAGACUACUGGACUGGAACCGGUCACCACUGGUUACUUUCCGCACACACUGAUGGUGAAAGCCAUCGAACUCGCUGAGAGCAUAUCCGAGUCGAUGAUGGCCCGGACAGUAAUGAACAACAUGUUGGGCAUUCGGGCUCGGGCCUUGCGCAGACUGGCCAAAGAACAACAGCAGCGCGAAGAAGCACAGUCCGCCACGGCUACCGACAAAUAGAUCAAACAGAUAUCUCAAUAAUUAUAGUUUUAUACACCGGCUAUAAUAUGAAACGUAGCCCACAUCGCCCCCGCCAUCGCCACUAACAAUCCGUCAUGGACGUCUUGUCACUGCCUCGACAAAUGCCGCGUACACCACCACAUUACAGUUGUAUCGGUAGUUUGUAGUUUUAUGUUUAAGGAUUGGAAUUUGUAAUUUUAUGUUAAGGUUUAGAAUAUGUAAUUCUAUGUUAAAGGUUUAGAAUUAAUAUAGUUUAUAAGAAACGAAACAUCUUAUUAAGUUUUAGGAUCGAUAGAUUAGAAUAAAUUAAUUAUAAAAAUGUCAAAAUCAUGAUGGUGAUUAUAGUAUUAGGGCAUAUAUUGUACCUAUAUUAACUAUUACUAUUGUAUUUGUGGUUAUUAAUAAUUAUUAAGGAUAAAUUAUGACAUUAAUGGUUCCCAGUUUAAAUGGUAAUUAUGUUUCAGAUCAUUGGUAUGUUAAUUAAGUUAAAUCCCUGAAAUUAUAUUCUACCCCUCACAUCUUUAACACAAUACUACAAUUUCCUUAAAAAAAAAAAUAUAAUAUCCCUCAAGUUGUCUGUUUUAAAUCUCAACCAAUCACAUUUCUCUACCUCCGGGCAUAAUUUCCUAAUAAUGGGACUUAACAUCUAAACGAUCAGACGACAUUUCUCGGGACUAACCCGUUCUUGACCUUUUCUUCUACAGAUUUCGUUGUUUAUUUGUUAAUUCAUCAAUUUCUACUAGUAGGCAGAUGACUGUCAUUGUACUUGAAAUCUAGUUAUUUUUAUUUUAUUAAAAACGUUCAUUAAAACUGAAGUUGCAUCUGUGAUCUGUGUACAGAAUAACCUUAAUAUUACUUUUAUGUAUAAAGUUCGGUUAAGAUGAAUCGACACUGGUUUACCUAAGCUAUAACGUCACAAAGUACUAGUAUAUAGUACUUAAUGUACUACUACGUGGGACUUAUUAGUUUUAGUAUUUGAUAAAUUUACUAUAGGUUAUAGAUAGUUAUGUUUUUUUUAAAGUUUUUAUUAAUUUUUUCCUUAUUGUCAGUUUAAGACUUUCCAACAUUGUUAUACUGCUUACGCGGUGGUGUUGGCUAAGUCUUAGCUAUGAUGUUGAUAAAUCUACUUAAUUUUAAUCAUGCCAUAAGAGUGUUUCAUGUUUAAGACAUGCCUCUGUAUGGCAUACAUGCUAAUUAAUUAUAGUUAUUAUUAAGUUGGGUAUAUUUUAUAUAUACCAAAAAUUAAGCUUCUAAACACAUAUGAAACAUUUAAAUUAGUGGUACCAUAUAAUAUUUUUAUAUUUUUGUUUUAAGAGAUUUUAUAUGGCGUUUUUGUUUUUUUUUUGUACCUAAGUGCUGCCUCUAGCCAUAAAUUCCGAAAUAAACUAACAACAAUCAAUGUUAUUUGUACGUACACGGGGACUCGUAGCGAUAUUCGAGCGUUAUUUUGUAUUUGGAUUAAAUUUAGUUAGUAGUUUUGAAUAUUUUUUAAGUAUGUAUAUACUAAUGUGUUACGUUACACGCGUAAUCUAAACGUUUAAUCGAUUCAAAAAGGUUACUACUGCUACUGCAAUACAUUAUAGUAUUGUAAUAGAAACAAGUAAUGCCUUAUAGUAGAUAUAGUUAUUUUAUCAUUUUGAAUUAUAAUAUAUUAAUAAUUUAAAUUAAAUAUUAUUGCUUAUUAUAUAAUAUAUGCCUAUAAUACUAUUAUACGUUAUUAUUUAUUAUAUACUAUCGUUAUUGUACUGUAAUAUUAUUAUAUAAUAAUACGUCGGAAACACUACAAUGAGAAGACAUUUAAUUUUUAUUAUAACUGUUGUCGUAUAAAAGUAUACAUCUAUUAUGUUUUUAAUUCUAUAACAAUAUACCACGACUGUAGUAAAAUCUAAAAAAGAUUUUUAGGACUGCACUCAACAACUUUUAGCUAGUACUAUAAUGAAAAAAAAUGUCAGUGUAUCACUAGUAGUAUUGCGACGUAGUUUAAGUAGGUAUAUUUAAAAUUGUUCUGGCCUUAUAACCUUAAAUGUAGCUUAGUGUUUAAUUAAAAUGGAAAAAAUUGUCGAAGAAACCGAACUUUGUUCUAUUAUAUUGUAAUAUUAUUCAUUACGGAUUUUUGUCGUGUAUAAUAAACAUUGUACAUUCUUCGACUGCAA